AUGACUGGCGUAGUGAACGUCUUCGUCGUCUCCCCUGACACGCACUCUGAGCGGCGAAUCGACCCUCACAUUACUGUUGAACAGCUCAAGGGAAAGUUAGAGCUCAUUACCGGAAUACCUGUAUCACAUCAGGCUCUCUCCUUAUUGGCGUCUCAACAGGACUCUCGCGUCCUCACGGAGCUCACUGAUGAAUCAAAACCUCUUGGAUUUUACGGGUUGGCUGAUUGGCAAGUGAUCAAAGUGACCGAUACCAAUCCUUCAGAUACCUUGACCGGACAACUCACGGAUGUAUCUCAAGUCGAGAAAUUCGAGAUCUCGGAGGCCGAAUAUGCGCAGAGAAACGAUACCGUCCUUGCUUAUAAGCAGCGAAAUAAAAUCGGCCGUUUCUCCGGGAAAGAGGAAGCGAAACAAGAGGAUCAGUCAGAGAUGAACGUGGACGUUCCAAUAGGUUCUCGAUGCGAGGUUGAGUCAACCGAACCGGGGUUGAGUAAGCGCGGCACUGUGCGUUUUGUUGGACCGACGAAAUUCAGCAAAGGUUUAUGGGUUGGGGUCGAGUACGACGAGCCUCUCGGCAAGAACGAUGGCUCCGUUCAAGGCGAGCGAUAUUUUUCUUGUCGUCAGAACUACGGCGUUUUCGUGAAGCCAGACAAGGUUAAAGUCGGGGAUUUCCCAGUGGAGGAACUCGACCUGGAUGACGAGGAGAUGUAG